AUGAACUACCUACGCCGUCGACUGUCGGACAGCAAUUUCAUGUCCAACCUGCCCAAUGGCUACAUGACCGAUCUCCAACGCCCAGACCCGCCGCCGCAAAGCCCCGCAGUGUCGCCCGGGCCGUCGGAGAGGCGCCAGUCCACCAGCCAGCAGCAGACAGGCGGUGGAGGCUCUGGGUUCUUCUCAUCCAUAUCCAAUGCAGUCAAACAGACCACAGCUGCUGCGGCUGCGACCUUAUCCGAGGCAGCGGACCGGGCGGGAGUCUCCAGCAGCGCCAAGAUCCUCCUGGUUAUCGAUGACCAGCAGACCGACUGGGUGAAGGUCUUCAGAGGAAGAAAGAUCCACGGUGAAUUUGACAUCAAGGUAGAACAGGCAGAAUUCUCUGAAAUCAACCUAGUGGCAAACGCCACAGGCACCUACAAUGUGGACAUUGAUGCAAUCAGGAAUGGACAUAAGGUUACUAAAUCCUUUAAGCCAGACUUUGUGCUGAUCAGACAGCAUGCCUUCAGCAUGGACAAGAAUGGAGACCACCGCAACAUAGUGAUUGGACUGCAGUAUGCUGGACUGCCAAGUGUUAACUCCUUGCACUCUGUCUACAAUUUCUGUGACAAACCAUGGGUGUUUGCUCAGAUGUCUAGACUCUACAAGCAACUGGGCCAAGAGGAGUUCCCACUGAUUGAGCAGGUUUACUAUCCAAAUCACAAGGAAAUGAUUACCUCCCCUCGGUUCCCUGUAGUGGUAAAGAUGGGCCAUGCUCACUCAGGAAUGGGAAAGGUGAAAGUGGACAAUCAAUAUGAUUUUCAAGAUAUUGCCAGUGUUGUGGCACUGACCAAGACUUACGCCACAUCUGAGCCUUUUAUUGAUGCAAAAUAUGAUGUCCGCAUCCAGAAGAUCGGUAACAAUUACAAAGCUUACAUGAGGACGUCCAUUUCUGGCAACUGGAAAACCAACACUGGCUCAUCUAUGCUUGAGCAGGUGGCCAUGUCAGACAAGUACAGAAUGUGGGUGGACUCUUGUGCUGACAUCUUUGGAGGGUUGGACAUUUGUGCUGUGGAGGCUCUACACGGUAAAGAUGGCAAGGACUACAUUAUAGAGGUUGAUGACUGCUCAAUGCCACUGAUUGGGGACCAGCAGGAUGAGGAUCGUGUUCAAAUUGCAGAACUUGUAGUCUCUAAGAUGAACCAGACUGUUCCACGCACUUCAAGCUCUUCCACAGUCCGUGCCACAGCAGGACAGCCGGCACAGAAAGCAGUGUCUCCUCAGUCUGUCUCUCAGCCAAGAGUACCACAGGCUCAACAGCGCCCCUCACCUCAAGGUGGUCCUCAGCAAAGUCCCCCAACUCAGCAGCGCCCACAGCCUCAAGGCCAACCCCCUGCACCGGCCCAGCAAUCUGCUGUCACCCCUGCUACAGGUGAUCCCAGUGCCCAAGCUAAGGCUAACCAAGGACCUGUAGCCCAGCCACGGCAACCAGGUCAGGGAGCUCCUCCAGGCCAGAGACCUCCUUCUGGGCAGGGCUCUCCUCAGCGAAGCCAGGGAGGUUCCCCUCAAGCUCAGAGGCAACAGUCUGUCUCCCAGCAGCAGCAGCAGAAACAAUCUGCAGGAGGCCCUGGCCAGAAACCUCCAGGGGGCCAACCCCAGCAGCAGAGGCCUGCCCAUCCCCCUAGGCAGCAGUCACAGGGGGGGCCACAGCAACAGAGGGCUCCUGGCCAGCCAGGUCGUCCUGGAGCACCAACCACCCAACAACCCAGACCUGCUGCUCAAGGCCAGGGGGCCCCAGGAGGACGACCCCCAUUGCAGCAAAAGCCACAACCCCCACAGAAGCCCAGUCAGGACAACCUCGCUAUGGGUGGCUCUCCACAACUAAACAAGUCCCAGUCUCUUACCAAUGCCUUCAACAUUCCAGAAACCCCAGCGCCACGAGCCAGCCUUAGCCAGGACGAGGUGAAGGCAGAAACCAUACGCAAUCUACGCAAAUCUUUUGCCAGUCUCUUCUCAGACUGAGAUGGCAUAAGCCCCCCCCCUCCUACUGACAGAAAGAUGGACAGGCAAACUGAAAGACAGAUCCCUUCUUCUCCCAACGAAAAAGGACCAACAGGAUGCCAUCUCCAAUUCACGUACAUUGACCGUGAUAUGAAAAUGUACACACUUGACACCCACUGCCUAAAUAGUUAAGAUCUUUUAAAAUCAGCAAAAGGUAGACUACACG